AUGGCUGAUGCAGAGCCAUGGAAAACAGUCAAGAUACCCCCGAUUGUGCAGGAGCUGGUGACCGGUGUGCAGGAGCCACCGAGCCGGUAUGUGAUCGCUGAGCACAACCGCCCCGCCGUGGCUGGUUCUGAGAUGCCCGAUCUCAUACCCAUCGUCGAUCUCAGCUGGCUGUCUGACAACUGUGCUGAUGAGGUUGCCAAGCUGCGGUCCGCCUUGGAGAACUCGGGCCUGUUCCUGGCUGUUGGCCAUGGAAUGGAGCAAAGUUUUCUGGGUGAGGUGAUGAAAGUCACCAGAGAAUUUUUCAAGCUCCCACUGGAAGAGAAGCACCUGGACUGGUGUGACCGCCUAUAUAUCAUAGUGGAACCUGAGAAUCGAAGAAUCUACAGCUUGUGGCCAACACAGCCUCCAUCGUUCAGAGAUAUUCUGAGUGAGUACACGGUCAACCUUUUCCUCCAGAACCUGGCCAAGCUACUAGAUUUACACGAGGGCCACUUCGUCAACAUGUUCGAUGAGAAUGCCUUGACAUACGCCAGGUUAAACUACUAUCCUAACUGUCCAAAGCCGGACCACGUCUUCGGCAUGAAGCCCCACACCGAUGCCUCGGUGAUCACAAUCGUCUUCGUCGAUGAUAAUGUCAGCGGGCUCCAGCUUCAAAAAGAUGGCGUCUGGUACAAUGUACCCAUUGUUCCGAAUGCAUUACUCGUGAACAUGGGAGAUGUAAUGGAGAUAAUGAGCAAUGGAUUCUUCAAGAGCCCGAUUCACAGGGUUGUGACCAAUGCAGAGAAAGAGCGGCUAUCUUUGGUGAUGUUCUACACGUUGAACCCGGAGAAAGAGAUUGAGCCACUGCCAGAGCUGGUGGAUGAGAAAAGACCGAGGCGGUACAUGAAGACAACAACUAAUGACUACACAGCAAAACUCUUCGAAACUUUUGCUAGGGGGACACUAGCUAUCGACACAGUGAAGAUCUGA